AUGGGGAUUGAAAGACAGAUGAAGGCCAACAAGAGGCUACUAGAUCUCGAUAGGACCUUCGAGAUCAGCAGUUGUAAGGAGGAGCAAAAAGUACAGUACGUAGGGCAUCUGUUACAAGGAAAAGUCAGAAUCUGGUGGGAUACCAAGAGGCAGCUAUUAAUAAGGAAAUUGGGUAAUAUCAAUGCUUUGACUUGGGGUAGGUUCAAAGAAGAGUUCGAUAAUCGAUUCUUCCCUGAAUCGAUAAAGACCCGAAAGGCUCAAGAGGUUGCCACUUUGGUGCAAGGCAAUCUCACAGUUGAACAAAAUGCUACAAAAUUCAUGAAGCUGAGAAGGUUCGCUCUACAUCUGAUCGUCACUGAUUUGGUUAACGUGACUGCAAUAACUGAAGCAGAACAACGAAGUGUGGCGGCCCAAAUUAACCAUGAGCAAAAGAUGACUUCUUCCUUCUCUGCAGGAGGGAGUAAUGCUGAAAGAGGGAUUAUACAAGGAGCCAGUAAGGGUGAAGGCAUUAUGAUAGCUCCACUUGCUACCUGUAAGAAGUGUGGAAAGAACCACGGUGGAGAAUGUCGAGUGGGUUUAGGAGUAUGUUUCCGAUGCAGUCAGUCAGGACACAUGAUUCGGGAGUGCCCUCAGAAUGCGCAAGGUCGAAGGAAUGCUCCUAACAACCUGCCCAAUCAGAGGCCACCUGUUCAAACUCAUGUGUAUGCCAUCACCCCUGGAGAGAUAAACGAGGACAUACCUGAAGAUGAAGAGAUGGGAGUCAUCACUGGUAAAAUCACAUUAUAUGAAUGCAUGGCUUGUGCUUUCUUUGACUCUAGCGCUACAAGGUCUUUUGUGUCCGUGAUGUUUGCACACAGGUGUAACCUGCAGACUUAG